UGGGAACUCGCGACCGCUGCCCUGUCCUUCACUAUCCUCGUCCAGUUCAACUUUCGGGAGACAGGUUUCUCCGCCAUCUGGACUAAAUCCUGGGGAUCAGAUGAUCCGAGGACGAUUGAUCGAUUCGCUUGUACUGUACUACAACAUGAAGAUGCAACAUCACGUCCACUCUCUCCAUCUCUCUCCCUCAAGCUGUAUCCCGUCGUGUCGUAGAUCUGUCCUUCCCAUCACACAUCUCGGAAUCUCUGUCAUUGAUCAUCUCCCACUCCAUCCGGUGGCCAUGUAGAAUAGGCAGCAUUGAAAAUCCAAGCAUCGCCUCCUCCAUAACAAUAGGCCAAGUCACAGUCCCGACCUAGCCUCCUCCUCCUAUCAUCCGCCCUACAUUCCCUGCUCUCCGUCGGUCAUGGCCGAUGUCAAGUCCACCGCCGAAGAGGUGAUCCGCACCACCGACUAUCACGAGAAGUCGCGGACCUCGGAGCACCGCGAAGAUGACUCUCCCAAAGGAGCCGUCCACGAGACGGUCCUCAAUGCGAAAGCCGCCACCGACAAGGAACAUCGCAUGACCCUGCUGCAGGGCAUCAAGCUCUACCCCAAGGCCGUGGCCUGGUCGGUCCUGAUCUCCACCUGCAUCGUCAUGGAAGGCUACGACAUCAGUCUGAUCAACAACUUCUACGCCUUUGACACCUUCAACCGGAAAUACGGCGUGGAGAUCUCCCCGGGCAAGUAUGAAGUGCCGGCGGCUUGGCAGGCGGGCCUCAGCAAUGGCGCCAAUGUGGGAGAGAUCAUCGGAUUGUUCAUCAACGGAUUCAUCAGCGAGCGGUUUGGGUACAGGUACACUCUCAUGGCGUGUCUCAUGCUCGUCACGGGGUUCGUGACCAUCUUCUUCACGGCCCAGAACGUCGUCCACCUCCUCAUCGCGGAGAUCCUCUGUGGGAUCCCGUGGGGCAUCUUCCAGACCUUGACCAUCACAUACGCCUCCGAGGUCUGCCCGGUGGCGUUACGGGGCUACCUGACGACCUACGUCAAUUUCUGCUGGGGUUUGGGCCAACUGAUCGGCGUCGGCGUGAUCAAAAGCAUGCUCGGCCGGGCCGACGAAUGGGCCUAUCGCAUCCCCUACGCCCUCCAAUGGAUCUGGCCGGUCCCCCUCUUCAUCGGGAUCGCGCUCGCGCCCGAGAGCCCCUGGUGGCUGAUCCGCAAGGGGCGGGUCUCCGACGCGAAGGACUCCCUCCUGCGGCUGACCAGCCUCGACCGCGAGACGGGCUUCGACGCCGACGAGACCAUCGCCAUGAUGGUGCACACGACCGCGCUCGAGGCCAAGGCGAUGAAGGGCGCCUCGUACCUCGACUGCUUCCGCGGGGUCGACCGGCGGCGCACGGAGAUCGUCUGCCUGGCCUGGGCGAUGCAGAACCUCGCGGGCAACUCCUUCUCCAACUACAGCACCUACUUCCUGGUCGCGGCCGGCGUCAGCCAGUCGAACUCCUACUCCUUCGCCAUGGGCCAGUACGCGAUCAACAUGCUCGGCGUCUUCGGCGCCUGGUCCCUCAUGGCCGGGGGCGUCGGGCGGCGGACGCUCUACCUCUACGGCCUCGUGGGGCUCUGCGCCAUGCUCUUCGCCAUGGGCUUCCUGGGGCUCGUGCCGGCGGCGCACAAGGAGCGGGCGGGCCUCGCGACGGGCUCCAUCAUGAUCCUCUGGGCCUUCAUCUACCAGCUGACCGUCGGCACCGUGUGCUAUUCCAUCGUCGCCGAGGUCGCCAGCCGCCGCCUGGCCGUCAAGUCGAUCGUGCUCGGCCGCAACCUGUACAACGUCGUCGGCAUCGUCUGCUCCGUCCUGACGCCCUACAUGCUGAACCCCAGCGCGUGGAACUGGUCCAACUUCGCCGGCUUCUUCUGGGCGGGCAUCUGCUUCCUCUGCGUCAUCUACACCUACUUCCGCAUGCCGGAGCCCCGGGGGCGGACCUUCGCCGAGCUCGAUCUGCUCUUCGAGCGGAAGGUCCGCGCGCGGGACUUCGCCCGCGCCGAGGUCGACGUCUUCGACGAGCAGCUGGACGACAGGCUCAUCGCGCGAUACAAGGGCGAGGGCGCGGCGGCCUACGCCUCGUAGACGAUGUGCAGAGAUGAAAUGACAUUAUGCUUAUAUGAGCCAUUGACGAUUCUAUGAACCCCUGGAGAUUUUUUUGGUCGUGAUUUUACCCGCGUUCGCUUGAUGGAUGGGCCUGAUGAGCUGCCGCGUGACUUCCGUAGAGUAUCCCGUCGACCGGUCGGCUCCCCAGUGAGAUGGCCGGCUCCGUGUCAUUUCACGAGCAACCUCGACGUCGCGAAUCGCACGGUCAAAGAAGGCACGUGGAGUCAUGACAGUAAGAAAGUUUGUCCAUGUGUCAUUAGCGGUCAUAUACAUGUAUUGUCCAGAAACACCUCGAAGCGAGGAAGAGAACAAGAAAAGAAAAACCAGAUGUGAUCGCUCACCAUCCCAAAAUCCAAGGAAAGCAAAAAGGGUCACGAUCUAGCAAAAG